AUGUUUACGUCGAGCUCGUGUUCCGAGAUUCGCACGGCGUACUUCUCAAACCUUCAGUGCCUUGCUCUACCAAUUUCUUCAUGCUCGGAAUCAAGCCUCACCGUCGUACUCAUCCUUGUCAUCGCCAUCAAGCUCCAGAUCCUGCGUAGAAUAACUAACCAGCUGAGUGUUGUGAUUGAUGUUCCUGGAGAGGAUGAAGCGUAUCAUCUCCAGCCGAGAUUGUUUGGAAAGAUAGUACCAACGAAGUGUAGAUAUGAAGUACUAUCAACCAAAGUCGAGAUCCGUCUUGCAAAAGCAGAGAUCAUCACAAGGGCCUCUCUUGAACACGGCAAAGGGCUAACGGUUUUUCCGAAGCCAAAUGUCUUAUCAAAGGUUUCAAAGAGACCGGCGUAUCCUUCUUCCAAGAAAGUGAAGGACUGGGAAAAGCUUGAAGCCGAAGUGAAGAAACAGGAGAAGGGUGAGAAGCUGGAAGGAGACGCUGCUUUGAACAAGUCUUUACGUGAGAUAUAUUCGAAUGCCGAUGAGGAUAUGAGACGUGCCUUGAGCAAAUCCUUUGUGAAGGUGGAAUCAAAUGGAACAGUGCUGUCAAUAGACUGGAAAGAGGAUGGGGCUAAGACAAUCGAGAGCACUCGUCCGGAUGGCAUGGAGCUCAAGAAAUGGGAGAUCUAA